UUCGAGAAUCGAGCGCAUAAUUUUUAUAUUAUAAAAUUUUGAAUUAUAUGGGAAUUUACAAUAUACAAGGCUUUUAGAAUUUGUGUUUGUGUUUUUAAUUAUUUUCGUAGGUUAAGUAAUACGCAAAAUGUCUUUUUCAUUUGGUGCCCCGUCCAGUGCUCCGGCGACAACAGGUCUUACUGGGGGCUUCAGUUUUGGCGCUAACAAGCCGGCAUCAACCAGUUUUGGGCUGCCAUCAACCUCGCAACCAUCUACGGGGUUAUUUGGUACACCCGCAACUUCUACUCCUGCUUUCGGAAGUGGCACCUCAACAUUUGGUGCAACCCCAGCCUUUGGUGCCACCACUUCAGCUCCAAGUUUUGGUGCAGGCACUGCAUUUGGGGCAACAUCUACGGCCCCUGCAUUUGGUUCAACUCCAGCACCGACAUUCGGUGCGGCAUCUGCAGCUCCUGCAUUUGGUGCAACAUCAGCAGCACCAACAUUUGGAGCACCGUCUCUGUCAUUCGGAGCAAGUUCCGCUGCUCCUACUUUUGGAUCCACAACAACACCUGCUUUUGGAGCGAACACAUCUUUUGGUACCGGACUAGGCACUGGAGGCUUAAACUUUGGGGCUGGAACAAACACUUCUGCAUCUACAGGUUUGUCAUUUGGCACAACAACCACAUCUAGUGCUGGAUUGGGUGGCCUCGGUGGUUUUGGUUUUGGUACAUCAACAACACAGUCUGGUUUGGGACUAUUUGCUUCUUCAGCUGCUGCAACAUCAACCUCGUUUGCUACACCAAGUCUGGGACUGGGUGGUUCAACGCAAGUGGGUGGCACCACCAAUACCACAACAGCGGAUGGAAAAACUGAACCACCCAAACAGACAAAGCUACCAAAUGAAAUAACAACUACUGUGGAGUCAUUCAAAGAGUUUGUGAAGAAGCAAAAGUGCCUGAGCUCUGAUGUUAUGAGAGUAUCAAUCAAGCCAUUGCAUAAGGUGGCUCGCGACGUGGAGACAACAUUGCGCGCGGUGGUGUCGCUGCGCGGGGAGUGCGGACGUGCGCGCGCACACUCGCGCCGCCUGCGUGCCGCUGCUGCUGCCGCGCUAGCCGCUGCCGAGACCGCCGCUAGGGACCCGCCAGGAUCCGAGCUCGAGGGUAUGGUGCCGCCAGCGUACGUGAAGGAGCUGAUAUCUGAGCUGGAGCAGCAGCUCAUCACGUUUCGGCGACAGAUGGACAUCGCCGACAAACAGAUGCAGGCCUCGCCCAAGCUGCUCACCGAGCAGGAGCUGACGCUGGGCAUAAGGCGCAUGCACGAGUCGCUAGUGGGUCUGGCAGCGCGGCUGCAGGCGGCGCACGCGCAGGUCCAGGCGCAGAAGGAACAGUACCUCAACUUGCGCAAGUACGUGCUCAAGGACCCCACCGACGUGUUCGACACAAACAAUGAAAGCGCUAUUUCGAGCUUGGAUCAAAUAUUAGGUGAUGCGGAGGGCUCAAAGAAAAAGUUGAAAACUAACUCAAGCGAAGUCGGGAGCGCCGUUCUGUCCGAUCCGAGAGCGGCUUUAGGUAACAUUCCAUCAUUGGCUGGUCCAUCCCCAUUCACUUACUUCGGAAGUAUGCUGUCUUCUUUCUCAACAGUUGAUAACUCAGCACCGAGCUGGCAGCCGCAGCCUCAAGCCAGCAACUUGAACACGUCGCUCAACGCCAGCGGCUUCAACACCGCCAGCGACUCCUUCCAGCUGCAGAAGCCGCCCGGCAAGCGCGGAAAACAAUGAUACUGGCGCUAGAGCUACGCGGCUAGCUCACGAACUGUUCAAUAAAAUAAGUGCUUCGAAUAAU